AUGCCUGAAAUUGCGGAGAUUGCGCGUGCUGUUCACUUUCUGCGUCUGCACUUUGUAGGCAAGGUCGUCAAGCAUGCAGAAGCCAUUGACGACGCCAAUGUGUUUGGCAAGGUCGGGACAGAUGGGCCCAAGAUGGCCGCCGACCUGAUUGGCAAAAGAUUAUAUCAGCAGGGACCCAAGGAAAAUACUUCUGGUCAGUUGUCUCAGAUCAUGCCUCCUCAUCUUGUAAUGCACUUCGGAAUGACCGGUUGGAUUCAUAUCAAGGGCGAAAGGACAGCAUACACGAACUACUACAAGAAGAUGAAACCUGACGAACUCGACAAAUGGCCGCCCAAGUAUUGGAAGUUCAAGAUCGUGACAGAAGAGGGCGAUGAGAUGGCCUUCACUGAUCCACGACGGUUUGGACGUGUCCGUGCAGUUGACUGUCCUGGAAAGGACAUAAGGAAAUACUCACCGCUUGUGGAAAACGGCCCAGAUCCGGUGGUCGACCUCGAUGUCUUUACCGAGGACUAUCUGCGCGAGAGGAUGAAAUCGCGCCGUGUGCCGAUCAAGGCUCUUCUGCUUGACCAGGCUGUUAUCAGCGGCAUUGGAAACUGGGUUGCCGAUGAAGUCCUAUAUCAAGCAAAGCUUCACCCAGAACAAUACUGCAACGACUUUAGCGAUGCUGAGAUCAAGCAGCUUUACGAGUCCAUCAGAUAUGUGUGUCAGACGGCUGUCGACAAGCUUGGGAAUUCGGAUCAGUUUCCAGACGACUGGCUGUUCAACUAUCGCUGGGGUAAAGGUUCCAAAAAUGCGCAUAGUCACACUCCCAAUGGUGACAAGUUGGCCUUUCUUACUGUCGGCGGACGCACAAGUUGCUAUGCACCCGCAAGGCAGAAGAAAACUGGUCAGGUUGUGUCCGGCGUGAAGGAAGAGCCCCUUGAGUCGGCUGAAGAGAAGGACUCCCCGAAGAAAGCGUCCAGAGCCAAGGUGGCCAAAUCAAAAGUCAAAAGCGAGGAGCCGGAGGCAGAUGGAUCAAAGGUGAAGACAGAAAAGGCCGCGUCUAGGAAGAGGAAGAUCAAGACGGAAGAAGACGAAGAGGUGACAUUUACGCCGAAGAAGGCAAAAGCGCAUCCCUCGAAGAAGCCUACAAAGUCACAGUACUUUGAAGACUCCAAAAAGCCGAAAGGAAGUGCGAAGGCAAUAGAGGAAGCCAAGGUCGACACCUCAGGAAGAAGACGCUCGGGAAGGUUACAAAGUAAAGCAACCUGA